GCUCUGUGUGUGUGUGUGUCGGGUUGUUGGAUAAAGGGAUAUGUUGUUGUUAUUCUCGCUGAAGCGUGUUUCAGCUGCGUAACUAUUAUCUAAUUCCUGAGCCGCUGUCCUGCCCCAGUCGAAGUUCAGUUUCACUUUGAGGAAUGCGGCGUCCGACUAGUUGCCGUGUAGGUCUGAACAUGCGUAGUUAUUGCCCCGCACAAUGUUUGCGGAGUGAAAAGUUGCAGUGUCAUGUUGGUGUAUAUUCCUCCUCCCCCAACACCAGCACCGCCACCAACACUACAGCCUUUGGACGUCGGCCCUCAGCGACUCAGAGCACCGACGAAGUUCACAAGUGCACAUUUGUCCCUUUGACGUGGAGGACGAGAUAUCAGCGGGUUUCCUGGUAGGACGGAGAGCUCCGUACAGAGGAACACCGGCGAACACUUAUCGUGCUGAUUGGGCAAGUCUUGCGUAACUUGCUUGAGUUGGCUUCUGUAUGAAUGCGCCCCGUUCUCUUGCGACGAGGAGUUUUAGCUGCUGCCGAUCAGGUGUUUUUCUAGGAUAAGCAUCAUAUGAGUUGAAGAAGAAUCCCUGCUAUGACACAACUGAUUGCAGUUGCACACAUGUGCCAACCGCUUCCUUUUUUCAUGUAAAAACGCUAAAUGGCAGAAGACGUUGGGGAACGUCAGGAUGGACUACUUUGAAAAACCUGAGUUCUUUCAAAUCCAGACCAAAACAUCUGGACAUCUUACUUCGCCUGCUGGCUGUAGCAGUGAUCACCGAUGGAAUGUACUAUUACGCAGGGGGUUGUCGACAUGCUGAAAAACUAUUUUUGUGUUGAAUUUUUUUGGCAAAAUGGAGGAACUGAGGAUACUUGCACACUGUAGCCUUUACCUACUGAUGAGUUGAAGACCAAAGGAAUUUUCUCUGUUGAAAGUCUGAAUCCAAUGGGAUAAGAACUAAAAACGUUUGACUGUAAAAGACUGUAUCACUGAAAAACUAAAUCUAAAGUGCUUUCUACCCAUAAUGCACUGCCCUAAAAAGAAGAAACGUCCAACAUGCGACUCCGAUUUCUCAGCUAUUGUGGUUCCCUCUAUGCGUGGGUCUGGGUAUCUUGACUACACCGUCGAGACCCAUGCUUCAAGGGCCCUGAAGGCCAUGGAUGAGUUCCGGCAGAACGAAAUGCUGUGUGAUCUGGUGCUGCAUGUCACAUACAAGGAGAGGACAGUCGACUUCAAGGUUCACAAAGUUGUGCUGGCCUCCUGUAGCUCCUACUUCAGAGCCAUGUUUACCAGCAGCUUCAAGGAGUGUCACGCUUCGGAGGUCACCCUGCGUGAUGUCUGCCCUGAGGUGGUCGGGAGACUUAUUGACUUUGCCUACACCUCUCACAUCACAGUGGGAGAAAAGUGUGUAUUGCAUGUGCUUUUGGCUGCUAUGAGGUAUCAGAUUGAGGAUGUGGCAAAGGCAUGCUGCGAUUACCUGAUUAAACACCUAGAGCCAGCUAACGUCAUUGGCAUCUCCCGCUUCGCUGAGGAGAUCGGUUGCACAGAACUGCAUCAACAGAGCCGGGAGUACAUCAAUACACACUUCAGUGAGGUGACCAAAGAAGAGGAAUUCUUCAGCCUUACUCACUGCCAGCUGCUGGAGCUCAUCAGUCAGGACAGUCUUAAGGUGCUCUGUGAGUCCGAGGUGUAUAAAGCCUGCACAGACUGGGUACGCUGGGAUAUGGAGAGCAGAGCCCCCUAUUUGCAUGCCCUCCUGAAUGCAGUUCACAUCUAUGCGUUGCCACCUAAGUUCCUGAAGAACCAGCUGCUGUCCUGUCCCAUCCUCAGCAAGGCUAAUUCCUGUAAGGACUUCCUGUCCAAAAUCUUCCAGGAUAUGACCCUGAGGAAGCUUCCUCCUGCUCCUAAUCGGGGAACUCAGUUCAUCUACGUGGCCGGCGGAUACCGGCAGCAUUCUCUGGCAUCGAUGGAGGCUUACGAUCCAAGGAGGAAUAUGUGGAUAAAACUGGCUGACAUGGGGACGCCAUGCAGUGGUCUGGGAGCCUGCGCACUGUUUGGACUGCUCUACACUGUUGGAGGCAGAAACCUGUCACUUCAAACCAACACAGAGUCCAACGCCCUGAGUUGCUACAACCCCAUGACCAACCAGUGGAGCCAGCGAGCCUCCCUCAACAUCCCCAGGAACAGGGUCGGGGUGGGCGUGGUGGAUGGCUGCAUCUAUGCUGUCGGAGGCUCCCAGGGCUCGAUACACCACAACACGGUGGAAAAGUGGGAUCCGGAGUCUAAUCGCUGGACUUUUGUUUGUCCAAUGUCGGUUGCUCGCCUGGGAGCCGGCGUGGCGGUGUGCGGGGGGGCCCUGUAUGUAGUGGGGGGCUAUGAUGGACAGAACCGCUGGAACACAGCUGAGAAAUAUCAGCCUGACACUAACACCUGGCAACAGCUGGCUCCCAUGAAUACUAUACGCAGCGGACUGGGUUUGGUGUGUGUGAACUCUUACCUGUAUGCUAUAGGAGGCUAUGAUGGGCAGAGCCAGCUGGCCACUAUGGAACGCUACAACAUAGCCAGGAAUACGUGGGAGCCGAGGGCCUCGAUGCAGUACUCUCGCAGCGCACAUGGAGUCACUGUCCACCAGGGAUGCAUCUUCGUCUUCGGAGGUUUUAACCAACACGGCUUUCUGUCCAGCGUUGAAUGCUACUGUCCCGAUAGAAAUGAAUGGACGUCUGUCACAGACAUGCCCGUUGGACGCAGCGGCAUGGGCGUCGCUGUUACCAUGGAGCCCUGUCCCGGGAGCCUGCCUGAGGAAGACGAAGAAGAGGGAGAUGCAAUGGGAUGAGGAUAAAAUCUGUUGAAGUCUCAAGUGCUGAAUAUACUUCUAAGUGGUGCUGCUUUUCAAUGGGGAGCUGUGCAUUAAAUGACAAUAUUUCCAAAUAAAAACAGCUAUCCCCCACCUGAACUGAUCUCGGUUGCACUGUGGAACACUGCAGGUAUUGACUAUAUGGGAACUUUGAAGAGGAAGGAAUAUAUUUCUACAUCUGCUGGGGAUCAAGUGAUGCAGUCAGUAUAUGAUAGUGGCCUUGCAAUCAACAAGGUGCUACUGAAUUAAUUACUAUUUAAUUAAAUAUUGUUCUUCUUAAGCUUCUUUUUAACUCAGUGUUUUGUUUAGAAGGCGAACUUAUUUCUAGGUCCUCUCUACAUUUGACUGCUUCAUUUUGUGCCAAUGUAGUUUCACCCAAAGCUGCCUUUUUUCUGUGUAAUUACUUCACUCUGUUUCAAUGAAUCAAAUGUGUAAAUGAAUCAAAUGUGUAAAUGACAAAAAUAUUUAUAAUUUGCAUUUUCUCAUUUGCCAAUUUGUUUCACUUCUUGUGUUCUCAUCGGGGAAUCGUGCAGCUGCGGUAUGUAACAGCAGAUGCAUCACCACUAGAUGGUGGAAUAAGUCCAAGAACAACUGUGCACCGCAACAAAAAUGUCUUCUCUGGAUGGCCGUGCAAACGAACUCCUGUGACACUGACAGUUUAGAUAUGACAAAGGCUUUUUGGCUCUAAAUCGACAUACAGCCACCUGCCCAGGACUAAGGCAUGCGAGCACUAUGAGGAGUAAUAUCCCACUUUGAUAAAGAGUAUGUGUCUAUGUUUUAUGGCUCACAAUAGUUAGAGCUAACCUGCAGAACCCUCACAAAGCCUUUAUUCCAGCAUUUCACAAGAAAGACAAGGCGCUGGAGUCUAUACAGCAUUAGUCAUCGACCACAGACGUCACUUGCGUGUUUACCCAUCUCUGCACUACUGUGCUCUAUCUCCUCCAUGGCUCACCUGCAAUUAUCCUAGCAGGUUACCAAAAAAAAAGACUAUCCCAGACAGAGCUGUUAUUCAAAAACAAUAAUCAUGUUUUCUCAUGAGAUUUAUGAGAAACUAACAAAGGGAAGAAAUAAAAUGUUCACAUGUG